CUACCCUGCAGCAUGGAGCAGCUCAAUUUCACUGUGGUGGAAUCUAACGUGUCCAUCUCCGAUUUUUCUGGAGAUCAACCUGAUGUGUUCUCCGUGGUCAUGGUGUCCAUCUGCUUCCUGCUGGGAGUUCCUGGAAACAUUGCCGUGGUUCUUCUCAGACCCAAUUUUCAGCAUCUGUCCAGCCUGAGCCAGAGUUUGAUGCUGAAUCUGGCUUUUUCAGACCUGUUCUGUCUGUUGACCCUCCCACUGUGGAUUUACAGUUUUCUCAACAGCUGGACCUUGGGCCUGGAAGCCUGCAAGCUGGUAUCAUACCUCGUAUACUGCAGCAUUUAUGGCAGCCAGCUGACUGUGACGAUGCUGGCCGUCCAGCGCUACCUGCUGGUUGUGCGCCUGAAGAAGUUCCUACAUCUUGGAAGGAAGAGGCUGCUGGCUCUGCUCUGGCUGGUUGCAGCUCUGCUGUCCAUCCCUGCUUUAGAUUUUCAUCAGCUGACCACAGAUCAGAACUGGCCACAAUGUUGGCGUUUCUACUCCUCCGAUGCCCAGAGUGUGGCUGCACUGCUGACCGAAUCCGUGGUAGGAUUCAUUUUACUUUCUGUCGUGGCGUUUGCUUACAUCCAGGUCCGCAAAAAGGUGAACCAGGCAUCAUUUUUCAACAACCCCCAGACAAACAGACUGGUUACCAGCAUCAUUGUGACCUCUUUAGUCCUGUGGGUGCCUUAUCACAUCGUGAAUGUGAGUGUUGUUGCCAUUUCUCUCAAAAGAAGGAGUGAGAUGUUUGCCGACAAGACCUGGGGAAUUGUUGCAGCUGUAACAUUUGUGAACAGCUGCCUGAAUCCACUCCUGUAUGCAUUUGCUUCUUACAAAAUGUGCCAAACAACCACAACAAAUAAUGCAGCCGCAGUCACCACAGAUGAAGAGCUACAAGAAUAAUAUCACCAAGAUCAAACAAACAGAUUCUGUUUGACUAAAUCUGCUCUGCCUGAUUUUCUGCUUGAAUAAUGUGUAAAUAUUUUCAUAGAUGUUCGUGAAAUUUAAGCUUGAUAUAUCAAAUACUCUCUGAGGUGACAUUUCCACAGAUUGUUGCAUAAUGACCCCACACACCCAUCCCACAACCUGUUCAGCCUGCUGCCAUCAGGGAGGAGACUGAAGAGUCUGAGGACCAGGACCAGCCGACUGAGCAACAGCUUCAUCCACCAGGCUGUCAGGAAGCUGAACUCUCUCCCCUCUCUGCCCUCUCUACCACCCCCUUCCCCCACAUACACAAACUCUGGUCAAUAACCUCUGAUCUGCACUGUAAUAGCACAUUCAACCAUCAAGCAUAUUUGCACUUCUUGGACUGUUACUUAUUUGCACUAUUCUGAGUAUUCUGCACUAAAUCCGUCACUUUAUCUCAUGGUCAUGUUUACAUUUCACUCAGUUCUGCUUUUCUUAGUUCUUAGUUGUUGCUCGGCUCUAAUUUUGCUUCCUUUGUUCUUUUUUUUUGCCCUUUAAUAUCUUAUUUUCUAAAUCUUUAUUUAAUGUCUACUGUUGCACGAAGAGAGAGUAACAAAAUUUCGAUUCUUGGUAUGUCAUGUACAUAUUGAAGAAUUGACAAUAAAGCUGACUUUGACUUUGAUAAUUUCAGUGUAUGUUUGAACAGCAACAUCUCAGAAACUAUUAAAGACAAAAGCCUGAAAGGCUUCCACUGUUAUUUGUCAUCAUGUCAUUGAUUCAGAAUCUGCAAUACUGGACAAGAAGAUCAAUGAUCUCUGAUUAUGGUUGAGCUGAAAUGUGAAAAAAGUGAAGUGAUGAAAGUCAUGAAGAGUUCCAUCUUUGAGCUCAAAAUACCAAAAAACUAAUGAUGAUGCAGAAGUUUACUAGUGAUAUUUUCUGAACCAUAUGUAGAUUCAAUUCACAAUAAUACAAAACAGAAUGUCAAAAAAAAUGUUGUAAUAUGAAAUGCUUGGUCACAGAAAUGAAAAAGUAAUUUUUGUUGAACUUGGACAACUGAUUGAGCAGUCUGACAGUUUAUAACUCUGAAACUAAAAUACUGAUCAGUAGUCUGAUCCAAGUAGAACAGAGUCCUGCAGUUUCAAAAUGGUUCAGUCUUUCACAUGGUUCCCUUUGGAGUAGUUUUCAACCACACAACCAGCGAUUAUGCAAAGAUAGCUUCCUCUAAACUUCUUUGGUAUUUUUAAAAGGUUUUACUUCAUUUUGUCUGCAGACGCAUUUAUUGACUGUACAAAGAAUUCUCAGUAAAACUUGUAUUGUUCUUCCACUGAA